AUGCUCAGUGAAACUGCCGAUGCGGGCCAUUUGCGCAGCAAUUCAUUCAGCAAGAACGGAUUGGACAUUGAGAGCAUAAUCGAAGAAAAUUACUUUUAUGCCAAUACUAUUUGUGCAAGCCUUGCCCAUGAAGCGGAUCUAUCCAGCACUCCAUCUGCAUGCACUUUCAACCCGCGAGCCAGCAAGAUUGUGAUUCCAAGGAUAGAUCCUAGCAUAUCCAGCGUAUAUUUUACUUAUUCUGAUGUGAAUGUACAAAGUGGCGAUGAUGCUGUGCUUCAUUAUAUUCCAUACAUUUGCAGUGCAUUGCUUUCAGCAGUGGUGCUCAAAGAGUACAAAAGCAUCGGCUUUGCGAGAAAGGAUUGCGAUGAUUAUCAAGAAUCCGCAAGGAUGGUUGCGAAUACCACCGAAGCCAAUGCACAGCCAAUAGUGAAUUCCCUUAAGUACAUGAGGAUGCAAUUCUGCAGUGUUUGCCUUAUAUUUGGUUGCAAGUGGCACUGCAUUAUAGAUGGUAUUUGCAUAAAGCCUACAGACUUUGAAAAGGACCCACAGAAUGCAUUCAUGGCUACAAAAAUGUGCCACAGUGGUGUUUGUAAUAGCAUGAAUGCUCAUUAUGCUGGUCGGGUGUCUACAAUAGGCACUUUGAACAUAUAUGAAAAAAACAAGUUGUUUAUUGCUUAUAGCCAGUCUAAAGGCGACGCAUGCAUUGCAUCGUUGAUUUUUUGCAUCAGGCAUGGCAAGUAUGUAAGCUGCAGCGAAAUAAGCAGCACGUAUAAUGCACAGAUGCAUUUGUGGUCUUUCAAGCACAUUGCCAAAUCCAAGACAAAGAGGAGCCAGACGAAGGUAGAUAAAAAGGUAUUUUUCACGCCAUGCAGCCACACAGGAAAAUGCUCAAAGAAGAACGGAUGUGUGUGUGCAGCCAACAGAACAUACUGCGAAAUGGCAUGUCUAUGCGUUGGCUGCAACAAUUUUUUCACGGGAUGCUCAUGCUCGGACGGAUGCCGAAAUGGAUGCAAAUGCUCAGAUGGAGUGCGAGAAUGCACACCUAUGUGUGGAUGCACUGAGUGUGACAAUAAAUCAAUACAGCUUGGAAUACAUGCAAAAACAUAUGUUUCUUCAAGCAAAGUUUCUGGAUGCGGGCUGUUUGCUGCAGAAUGCAUUUCCGAGGGAAGUUUUGUUAUUGAGUAUACAGGCGAAAUAAUAAGCGACGGGGAGGCAGAGCGACGGGGCGUGUUCUACGACAUCAAAGGAUGCUCGUAUCUAUUUGACUUGUGCAUUAAAAAUGGAAAGCCACAGUAUGUGAUUGACUCGAAAACAAUAGGAAACAAUUCCAGAUUCAUCAACCAUUCUGUAAAGCAUGCAAACUUACUUGCAGUUGCGAUGAAUGUCAAUGGAUCCAAAAGAAUUGGAUUAUAUGCCACUACAGACAUACGAAUACAUCAGGAGCUGUAUUUUGAUUAUGGAUACAGCAAUGGCCACAAGCUUAAGCAUGGAAUAAUUGAUUGA